GGCAAAGGGGGGGGGGGUGGGAGGUGUUGGUCCGUAGUAGAGUCCGCCCGCGUCUUGAAGUGUCGUGCAUGCAUUCUGCGCAUCUUUGUUCCUCUGCAUUUGCAUGCACACGCUUCUUUCUCUUUAACUCGAUAGCCAUCACCGGUUUUCUGCCGCCGGGAUUAAGCUCGCUUGAUCUGAUUAACUCCGGUGGUCGGAUUUCGGUCAAACUUAAGUCCACACAACGGAGAAGUUCUAAGGGUACGAACAGUUCGAAGGAGAAGGAAAGGGGAAGAGGAUAUGGAAGUCGUUGGAGGGUUUGGAAGUGAAAUAGAAGACAAAUUUAGGGUUUUUCUCUGUGUUUAGGGACGGCAGGUUUGUGAGGAAUUGAUUUGGCGAAUGGCGUCGAAGAUUUGUAUGAAUGGAGCAUGUGGGGCGGCAUCUUCGAUCGAAUGGAAGAAAGGGUGGCGUCUACGAUCUGGUGGAUUUGCAAAUCUCUGCGAUAAGUGCGGGUCUGCUUAUGAGCAAUUAGUUUUCUGUGAUGCUUUUCACUCAAAAGAAUCUGGUUGGAGGGAAUGCAAUUCCUGUGGCAAGCUUCUCCAUUGUGGAUGUAUUGCUUCAAAGUAUGCACUUGAGCUACUUGAUAAUGGGGGUGUAGAGUGUAUUAACUGUGCAAGGAGUUCUGGACUUUCUUCUAUCCCAAGUGAUGAAAAGCCAUAUGGAUUUGGUACAUCCACAGCAGAUAAUGUUGGUGAACUACGAUCUACUUCUGUGGACAAUAAAAUUGAUGCUGAUAGCAUUGAUAAGAGGAGGCUUAUACAGUUGGGAAAAUGUAUGGAGGCUAAUGGGCAAAGCAGCUUUCAUCAUUCUCAGAAAGAUGACACAAAUGAGUGUCUUGGGCCAAUCAAACGAGAACAAGUCAUACCUCCUCUUGGGGAAUUAGGAAGCACAAGUUUUUCAAAUUUAAGUCACGCAAUCAUCAAGGGUGCCAAUGAUAUAUACAACCCACUGUCUCAGACAUGCUUGAAUAUCACAUUGGGUGCCCCUUCAGCAAGUACAACUCUUGCACUUGCUGCUCCUAGUGUUGUUGAUCGAAGGGACCAGAGUAAAGCACCCUCUUCUUUUCAACAAGGGCAAAGAUCGCGCCAACUUUUGCCCAAGCCCCUGAAGAUGGGUCCAGGCACAGGGUUGGAGACAAAUAAAGACAUGCUUCCUCAGAUACGUGUUGCAAGACCACCUGCCGAGGGGCGAGGGCGGAACCAAUUGCUUCCUCGUUAUUGGCCAAGAAUAACAGACCAAGAACUGCAGCAAAUAUCUGGAGAUUCAAAUUCUACUAUUGUCCCACUGUUUGAGAAGGUCUUGAGUGCCAGUGAUGCGGGCCGAAUUGGUCGUUUGGUACUCCCAAAAGCAUGUGCCGAGGCUUAUUUUCCACCAAUCUCUCAACCGGAAGGCCUUCCAUUGAAGAUUCAAGAUGCGAAGGGCAAGGAUUGGGUGUUUCAGUUUAGAUUUUGGCCUAAUAACAACAGCAGAAUGUAUGUGUUAGAGGGCGUAACCCCUUGCAUACAGUCAAUGCAAUUACAAGCUGGAGACACUGUAACAUUUAGCCGGAUUGAUCCAGAAGGAAAACUUGUUAUGGGAUUCCGAAAAGCAUCAAAUUCUUUACCUUUGCAGGACACCCAAAUUUCUGCUCUUCCUAAUGGUCCACAUGCCAACGAAACUUUCUUUUCGGGUGUUAUUGAGAACCUACCUAUAAUAAGUGGUUACUCUGGCCUUCUUCAGUCACUCAAGGGAAGCACAGAUCCCCACCUAAGUGCUCUGUCGGAACAUUUAAGUUCGGCUGAUGCGGAUAUUGGCUGGCAUAAAGGUGAGAAGCAUGGGAGCAAGACAAAUGAGAGCUUGCAGCAGUCAAUGCUUGGUCCCGAGAAGAAAAGGACUAGGAACAUUGGAUCCAAAAGCAAGAGACUGCUCAUAGAUAGUGAAGAUGCUUUGGAGCUGAAGCUUACAUGGGAAGAGGCACAAGAUUUACUCCGCGCUCCCCCAAGUGUCAGGCCUAGCAUUGUCACGGUUGAGGACCAAGAAAUUGAAGAGUAUGAGGAACCCCCAGUUUUUGGGAAGAGAACAAUAUUCACAGCACGAUCAUCUGGGGGGCAGGAUCAGUGGGCUCAGUGUGAUAGUUGCUCCAAAUGGCGAAGGCUCCCUGUGGAUGCUCUUAUUCCUCCAAAAUGGACAUGCACAGAGAAUUCUUGGGAUCCAAGCAGGAGUUCAUGUUCUGCAUCAAAUGAGAUGAGCCCAAAGGAAUUGGAUAAUCUUCUCAGAUUGAAUAUGGAUUUCAAAAAGCGUAGAAUUAUGGCAAGCCAUAAACUAGCCCGGGAACGAGAACCUUCAGGCUUAGAUGCUUUAGCCACUGCUGCAGUCCUUGGAGACGGUGGUGGUGACUCAGGCACACCAUCUGUUGCUACUACCACAAAACAUCCUCGGCAUCGCCCCGGAUGCACCUGCAUUGUGUGCAUCCAGCCCCCAAGUGGGAAGGGCCCUAAGCACAAGCCAACAUGUACGUGUAAUGUAUGCAUGACUGUGAAGCGCCGCUUCAAAACCCUCAUGAUGCGCAAGAAGAAACGCCAGUCAGAGCGUGAAGCUGAAAUUGCCCAGAAGAAGCCCCAACGCUGGGGCCCCAAGGACGAAGUGGAAGUAGACAGUGCUUCUAGAAGUGUAUCGCUGCAUUUUGAUCCCUCAGACAAUGAAGCCAGGCAAGCGACUGAGUCAGAGUCCGGUGGCGGCCAGAAUAGAGUCCUUGAAGAGAAGACUGCUGAGUCCAGCAAGGGCCAGUUAGACUUGAAUUGUCAUCCAGAUCGUGAAGAAGACAUGCAAUCAAUGCGCAUGAGCAUGAUGAGUCUUCUUCAGGUGGCAAGCCUUCCUCUGGAGAAGUACCUAAAACAGAAUGGCCUCACAAGUUUGAUAUGUGAACAGCAGCAGCAAGCAAGCUUGAGUUCCCAUGCACUGCCACAAUCGAAUGAGAGCGAGGGUAGGGUGCCUGAUGAGACCUAUUUUGCUUCUACAGGUCAGGAGCGUGAGAGCGGAGGUGAUGAAGGUUAUAGCGCCCCAGAUCAAGUCACAGCGGAUCCAGUAUGAAGAUCAAGUUAAUUUUUUUCCCUUAUAGUUUUGUGUGGGCUUCCCCUUUUUUUUUUUUUGUUUUUUUUUCAAUGGUUGGAGGGGUUGGGGAUGUAAAAUCACAUUACU